AGCAGCUCCAAGCAGACAUCUCCACCACAGCACGAGAGCUUCCACACGGCACUGAAGAGGAGACGGCACUGAGUCGCUGCAGGGAGAGAGGAGAUGCUGACUCAGCUGCUUUUGGGAUGGACUGCCUUGCUCAGUGGCCUCCAGCUGGCUGCUGCCUCUGUCACAACCAGAUUUCCAUCUAGCAGCAGGUUGUUAGCUCGGAAAUGUGAAGUCUUCAUCCCUCCUCCUCUUCCUCCACCUCUGUUUCCUCCAGUCAAACGGAAAGCAGAGCUGAUGGUGGACAUAACAGAAGACAUCACAGGAGAGAAAGGGGAGAAGGGCUGCAGAGGACCCAGAGGACCCAGGGGCCGGCCCGGUGUGACGGGUCCAGAGGGAGAGUUCGGAACACAAGGAGCCAUGGGACAGCCAGGUCAAAAGGGAGAGAAGGGGGACAGAGGAUGGAGGGGUCUGUAUGGAGACAUAGGAACUCCGGGAAUGAUAAAGGGCAUUAAGGGGCAUAAAGGAUUCAGGGGUGAAAAAGGUGUGAAAGGAAGAAGAGGAGCCAGUGGAGAGAUGGGAGAGCGAGGCGUCCCCGGAGUGCCAGGAGAGAAGGGCGACUCAGGCCAGUGGGGUGAUCCAGGACUAAAGGGUGAGGAAGGAAACAGAGGAGAGCCUGGAGGCAGAGGAAACAUGGGUUUAAGGGGAACUCGCGGACUUAUGGGAAAGCAGGGUCAUCCUGGUUCUGCAGGACUGCCGGGUCUGACUGGAGAGCCUGGACGACCUGGACAAGUGUACGUCCUACCAGGCCUGCAGGGAGACGUGGGAGAUCGAGGUUCUUCAGCCAAAUGCAACUGUUCACAGGUUCAAAGCUCGAAACAACUGUGGGACAAUGUCCAGACGAUAUUUAUUGCAGAUGGAGAGAAACAGAUGAGGAGGCUGCGGGCGGAGAACGUGAUGGUGCUGCGGACAGACAGAAGAGCUCUGUAUAUCUACUCUGAAUCUCAGUGGAUCAACGUCCUGGAACCUAAACACUGAGCCCACUCCAUCACACAGGCUGAAGUGCAAGAAGACCAAGAACCUCAAAGCUAGCCCAACUGCUUCAGUGGAGCUGCUAAAUGGCCAGCAGCUCAGACUGUGGUUAAACUGGGAAGCUUCCAGGUGUGAGCACGUGUAACUUACUGAUCAGAGUGCUCUUCAUUCAUGCCAAGCAAAUCUACCCACGUUACAUGAAGACUGGCCUGUCCGCACAGCUCCUCUGUAUAAUUUAACAUUGUUCCAGCAUGUUAUCCCAUUUAAACACGUCUCAUCCACAUGUUUCUCUUGACUUUAAUGAAUCAUAACUGUAUUUACAUUGUAAUGUGAGUGUAGUUUGAUUUCAUAAAUCUAACCAGAUGUAAGACGAUUUAUUUCCUGUAUGCUGCUCUUACCCUGAUAUCAGACUGUCAUCAUAUUGAAGUUGUUCUUUUUGACUUUUCUGUUAUUCAGUCUCCAUCUUCAGUGCUCAGUUGAAUACAUGGGUAAUACAUAUGCUGGGAAUGUCUAUCUGUGUGUGCAAUAACAUAAUAGUUCAACCAGGCAGCAACCUCUGAGACUGUGAAGUGAAGCCAAUGCAGAAGUGCCAAAA